CUCGCCUUGUCCUUGCCCAUGUCACCUACUCAACUUCCCCCUACUGACGUUUUUCUACAUCAUUUUUUUCCUUCCUGGCUCCUGUCCCUGCACCACCCCCUCCCGUCGAGACAAGAUGAACUUACACAUAUGAAACAUCCCCCCCAACUGCGCUUCGCCUUGCCUUGCCCUUGCCCCUGGUUUACUCUAGUCUCCUCACAACGCACAGACACCGCCGCGCGUAUACUUGCCUGAACUCUUCGCUUCGCUUGGGCUUGGGAGUUUGGGCCGGUUGGUUAUCUGAUGCUGAUGCGGCUUGUGUGUGUAUUGUAUGUGUGUCCGGAUCCUCCGUGUCGGUUGAGCUGGCCUGCUGGGUCUGUCGGCCUGCCGGGAAAGGCCGUCGGGUUCUUAUCACAUCAAUCUACAGCGUAUCUACCUGAUACAUACCUACCUACCCUCGAGCUACCCAGGCCUUGGGGGUUCACAAGCCCGAGUAUGUACCUCACCCAUCUACCCAUCUUUCCCCGGUCCGCCCGGUAUGUACUAUACAAAAUUGGGAGAUCUCAGUCAUACGCAUAUUAUCCCAUGUCUCAAGAACGGGUACCCGUCAGUCAGUCCGUCAGUCGUCAACCGAGAACCUGCUCUCUUCUUUUUAAAAAGACUUUAAAAGAUGGUCCGUCGUGUCACGUGGUACGUACACAACCAUUUAUUAGGCAACCAAGGGGGGGGGGGGAGAAAACAUUCCAAAUUACCUAUACUGCGAGCCUAUGACGGUCUAGACUCCAAGAGAAGAUCUAGCUAGGUACGUAUUUUGUUUGACGCUGAUCCCAGGAACAAGAUUAGAUUGCUGCUCUU